AUGGAGUUUCAUGGCUCAUCGGCAAAACAAUUCAUCGUGGGCGGUCCCUUCGGUUGGGGUGUGCCUCACAAUCAUAGAUUUUAUGAUAAGUGGUCAAAUCAUCAUACUUUCAAACCCCAUGACGUGCUUAUCUUUAACUUCACCGACGAACUUUCUAACAACGAUGUCGCAGAAGUAACUAGAGAUGCAUAUCGCAAAUGUGACACCGAGAAUCCAAUCUCACACCAGACCACUAGCCUCGCUAGAUUUAACCUUAAGAACAUGAGCAUGAACAACCAUUAUUACAUAUGCACCAUACACCAACGUUGCAAGCAAGGGCAGAAACUAGCGAUUAGGGUUUCAUUCCGCAAAUAA